GGGGCGGGCCUCCGAAGUUGUUGGACGCUAGGCCGGCGGGCCCGAGGGCGAGCGGGCUGCGGGCCGGCGGGCAGACCGGGCCGGGGCUGGAGAAGUUCGCGCGGCGGCUCGUGAGCGCAGGGUGCGGGCCCCGCCGGCCGUUGCGCGCCCGCUGCCAUGGCUUUCCGCAGGAGGACGAAAAGUUACCCGCUCUUCAGCCAGGAGUUCGUCAUCCACAACCAUGCGGACAUCGGCUUCUGCCUGGUGCUCUGCGUCCUCAUCGGGCUGAUGUUCGAGGUCACCGCCAAGACUGCCUUCCUAUUUAUUUUACCUCAAUAUAAUGUUAGUGUGCCUACAGCAGACAGCGAGGCCGUGCGCUACCACUACGGGCCGAAGGACCUGGCCACCGUCUCGUUCUACAUCUUCAUCGCCGUCAUCUUGCACGCUGUGGUUCAGGAGUACAUUUUAGAUAAAAUCAGCAAACGGCUUCAUCUCUCCAAGGUCAAACAUAGCAAGUUCAACGAGUCCGGACAGCUGGUUGUCUUUCAUCUCAGCUCGGUGGUGUGGUGCUUCUACGUGGUGGUCACGGAAGGGUAUUUAACAAACCCAAGAAGCCUCUGGGAAGACUACCCCCAUGUGUACCUCCCCUUCCAGGUGAAGUUUUUCUACCUGUGCCAGCUGGCCUACUGGCUGCACGCGCUUCCCGAGCUGUACUUCCAGAAGGUACGGAAGGAGGAAAUUCCCCGCCAGCUCCUGUACAUUUGCCUGUACCUGGUCCACAUCGCUGGAGCAUACCUCUUAAAGUGCGUGAGACCCCAGCGCCAGCCAGAUUUCCCUGCCGUUUCAUGUCCCUGCAUCUCUCCACACAUUCAUUUAAUUAGGCUCUGUGUGCUGCUGCUCGUGUGUGCUGCCCAAGCCUGGCUCAUGUGGCGCUUCAUCCACUCCCAGCUGCGGCACUGGCGGGAGCACUGGAAUGAGCAGAGUGCCAAGCGGAGAGCCCCAGUUGCCCCCAGACUACCAGCCCGGCUCCUCAAGAGGGACUCUGGAGUGACUCCAGCUGACAGUGCUGGGUGGGCAGCAGGAGGGGGACACCCAGUUCUCCUUUGGUGCCUGCCGUGCUCUAGUAGCCACCUGUCACCACCCCGGGUCUCAAGACACUGCCAGUCCUGCACUUUCUGUCCAGCCCGGGGGCCUGUCUGCACGAGGAUUUGUUUUCUGACUCACCUCCCUUGCUCCAGGUGUGGCCUGCUUGGCAAGGGCUCAUAUGUGUUAGAACCAGACACGUGCGUGGCCGCAUGUGCCGAGGAGUCAGGCCUGGCAGCAGCAGGAAGGGGGAGCAUGAGGCUGCAGCCAUAUUUGCCUCUUUAAUUUUGAACAAACACGUGGAGGUGUCUUUAACAAGGAUAAAAAAAAAGCAGAUUUUCUGCCCGAGGAGUGUCAAGCAUCUGUGUAAGGACUUGUCCCUACGGCCUCCCGACCUUCUCCCUUCUCCCUUCUGUUCUUGCCUUCCCUGGAAGUUGUUGCUGAAGGGGGGCUGGUGCCCUGCAGGGGGCUUCAGAGAAACUGAGGACACUAUGGCAGCAUGUCAGCGAUUUCAGUGAGGAUCUGGUCCCACCCUGAGCCCCGGGUGGGCAGGCCUCU